AAAUUCAGCCUCAACUUUUAAUUUUUACUUAAAUAAACGCCGCUCGAUUCUCUCUAGCUGUUCAUUUGCUCCAACACCACUGAUUCUGAUCAUAGCCAUCUGGGGGUUUCUUUGAUGCUCAGUUUGUGAUUUUUAUCAAUUUUAAUACUAGAUAUUGGUGCCCAGUUGGGGAUUCCAUGAUCUUUGAUGAGAAUGUAAUAAAAAGUUGGCGCCUUUGUUAUUCUCUUCCCCAAUUUUCGGUUUAGAAUUAGAUGAGAAGGCGAAUGGAGAAAUCCAAUGGAAAACCCCCUCGAUCUCGCCUUUGCCUCCUCGCUUCUGUGCUUGCCCUUUUCUGGUUCCUGAUCUUUUACUUCCAUUUCGCUGUUCUCAGUGGAAAUUCCCCUGAAACCCUGAAGCCCUCAUUGCCUUCCCCUUCAAUUCCCUCUGAAUCCCAACAUUUCUCGAAACAAAGCAGACCCGUUAACCCGGUUAGAUCGAUCGUCCCGCCCCGAUCCAUUUUGAAGAGGAAUGCCCAAAGAGAACCCAAGAAGGAUUUCCCCUUUUUGAGAGCCCUUAAGACUGCUGAGAAUAAGACUGAUCCUUGUGGUGGCCGUUACAUUUAUGUUCAUGAUUUGCCGCCAAGAUUCAAUGAAGAUAUGCUCACAGAAUGCAGAAAGCUUAGCCUUUGGACCAACAUGUGCAAAUUUACGACCAAUGCGGGUCUCGGUCCUCCCCUUGAGAAUGUCGAGGGGGUGUUCUCUAACACCGGUUGGUAUGCAACCAAUCAAUUUGCUGUCGAUGUGAUCUUUAGCAAUCGGAUGAAGCAGUGCGAGUGCUUGACCAAGGACUCGUCUAUUGCUGCGGCGGUCUUUGUUCCAUUCUAUGCGGGGUUUGAUGUAGCUCGGUAUCUUUGGGGGUAUAACAUCUCGGUGAGGGAUGCGGCUUCUCUUGAUCUGGUGGAUUGGCUUAUGAAGAGACCCGAGUGGAAAGUUAUGGGCGGGAGAGAUCAUUUCUUGGUUGCGGGGAGGAUUACUUGGGAUUUUAGAAGGCUAUCCGAUACUGAGUCUGACUGGGGGAACAAGCUCUUGUUCUUGCCGGCUGCCAAAAACAUGUCAAUGUUGGUUGUUGAAUCUAGUCCUUGGAAUGCUAAUGAUUUUGGAAUUCCAUAUCCUACAUAUUUCCAUCCAUCAAAGGACGCUGAUGUGUUCGUAUGGCAAGAUCGAAUGAGGAAAUUGGAGAGAAAAUGGCUCUUCUCGUUUGCUGGGGCUCCUCGCCCUGGUAACCGGAAAUCUAUAAGAGGGCAAAUUAUCGAUCAAUGCAGGAAUUCUAAGGUUGGUAAGCUUUUGGAGUGUGAUUUUGGGGAGAGCAAGUGCCAUUCUCCGAGCAGUAUAAUGAAAAUGUUCCAGAGCUCUUUGUUCUGCUUGCAACCUCAAGGGGAUUCUUAUACAAGGAGAUCGGCAUUUGAUUCAAUGUUGGCUGGAUGUAUACCUGUGUUCUUUCAUCCCGGUUCAGCUUACACUCAGUAUACUUGGCAUCUUCCUAAAAAUUUCUCAAAGUAUUCAGUGUUUAUCCCCGAAGAUGAUAUUCGAAAGAAGGGUGUUAGUAUUGAGGAAAGAUUGAAGCAAAUACCUGAUCAUGUCGUCAAGGAGAUGAGGGAGGAAGUCAUAAGUCUCAUACCUAGGCUUAUAUAUGCUGAUCCGAGGUCUAAAUUGGAGACUCUUAAAGACGCAUUUGAUGUUUCAGUGCAGGCAAUUAUUGAUAAAGUUACGAAACUGAGGAAGGAGAUAAUUGAUGACCGUGAAGACAAGGAUUUUAUCGAGGAGAACAGUUGGAAGUAUGCUUUGUUAGAGGAAGGGCAGAAGGUUGGGGCUCAUGAAUGGGAUCCUUUCUUUUCAAAACCAAAGGAUGCUAAUAAUAAUGGAGAUUCUGGCAGCUCGUCCGCUGAAGCUGCAAAGAAUUCUUGGAAAAAUGAACGGAGGCCUCAGUCUUGAGCGUUAUUCGAGCUAAACAUUUCGGAGUGACGUUUAGAAUCGAUAUGAUUCUGUGGUUGCAGUGAACAAUCAAGCAUACCACACGCUGAGCACAUCAAUAGAGAGAUGAACUGCAAGCCAAGCGCAUCAGUGAAGAUAAAAACACCAGUUUUCGCGGAGUUAUAUUCUUUUGGAGCUUUAACCAAGUAAACCGAGUUGCUAAUCCCUUAUCUACUUCAUUGUUGUAUAGGUAGACCUACAAAUUUUCUUCACAUAUAAUAUUUUUUUUGUAGUUUAGGUGUCUCGUCUAUUUACAUAGCGCAUUUGGUAAUAAUAAAUUUCUGUCUGUUGUCAUACAUAUUUUCUUCUGAUCUAGUGAAUCCAAGCUGAAACACAUCUUGAAAGUGAAACAUUAUUUAUUCCUGA